GCUGCAGUUCUAUUUGGGAAGUUGGCAGCUCGAGGCAGAGGGGCUUUACUCUCGCGAUUCUGGAAUUAUGAACAGAGCUGGUCCCACCAGCACCUCGUUUUGAACCUUUAUUUCCAGAGAUCUGACACCAUGGAGCUCGGCGCACGCAUUUUCAUCGCAUUCCUCGUUUCCCAGGCUGUGUGCAUUGGAGCACAGGAAGAGGAGGAGAAAACUGAAUGUGAACCAGGAUUUCAGGAGAAGGAAUAUCAUGUGGAGUACAACGGAGGAUUUCUCAGAGAUGUCCCUCUGCUGCAAGUGUUGUUCGACGACUGUGCGGGAAAUGAAGGUGUGGAGUUUGAAGUGUCGAACCCAGACUUCCUAUUAGAUGAGAACCUGAACCUGGUCCCUAGAAGAGACGUGAUUGACAGCGGAGAUGUCAUGUUCAUCCACGGUGUCAACAAACACGCUGAUGAUAUGGCGCAGGUGACCAUUAGGGGAGCACCACCUAGAUCUCCUCAGACGCUCAGGGAGAUUCUUGGGCUCUCAGACUUGAUGCCAUAUAGGUCAAAGAGAUCCCUGUUGGUUCCUCCUAUGUUUGUCCCGGAGAACCAGCGAGCUCCCUUCCCCAGGUCUAUUGGAAAGGUGAUCUCAUCUGACAUGAAGGCAGACCACAUCUUUCGUCUGACUGGAAAGGGGGCGGAUCAGGACCCAAAGGCCGUGUUCAGCAUCAACCGACUGACAGGAGAGGUGGCGGUUAGCCGAGCCUUGGACCGAGAGGCCAUCGCGUAUUAUCAUCUCCAAGUAUCCACAACUGACCUCAGUGGGAAGUUGGUAGAGGGACCGGUGGACCUGGACGUGUCUGUUAUUGACCAGAAUGACAACAGACCGAUCUUCAAGGAGCCACGUUACUCUGGGGAGGUUCUGGAGGGCUCGCCCACAGGCACUACAGUGAUGACAAUGACAGCCUAUGAUGCUGAUGAUCCCAACACAGACAACGCAGUACUGCGCUACAUCAUCUUGAGACAGUUACCCAACAAACCUUCACCCAAUAUGUUCUACAUUGACCCGGAAAGGGGCGACAUCGUCACCGUGAUCUCGCCCAACCUGCUCGACAGAGAGACUCUUCCCACAACACAGUAUGAGUUGGAGAUUGUGGCAAAGGAUAUGGCAGGAAGUGAGGUGGGACUGACAGGAACUACAACAGCUACAAUCACCAUCACAGACAGGAACGACCACGCACCCGAGUUUACUCACUCACUGUUUCAGGCCACAGUGAAUGAGGGUUCCACUGGGGUGGUGGUGAACCUGACGGUGGACGACAGGGACGACCCGGCCACGGGAGCUUGGAGAGCCAUAUACUCUAUUAUCAAUGGAGAUCCCAACCAGAACUUUGAGAUCCAGACAAACCUCGACAACAAUGAGGGCAUGUUAUCUGUUAUAAAGCCUCUGGAUUAUGAGAGUUCCAUGUUUCACACGUUGUUGAUAAAAGUGGAAAACGAAGAUGCACUGGUUCCAGAUGUUGUGUACGGGCCCAGCUCAACUGCAACAGUCUACAUCACAGUUCUGGAUGUGAACGAAGGGCCCGUGUUCUUUCCAGAUCCCCUAGUGGUCAUCAGGAGAGAAAAUAUUCCCGUGGGCAGCUUCGUGGCCAUGCUGAACGCCACUGACCCCGACUACCUCCAAACCCAGAGCAUAAGGUUUGCCGUGUUGAGAGACCCGGCUGAUUGGCUGAGCGUGAACUCAUUCAAAGGCAACGUCACCACCAAGGCCAUACUGGACCGCGAGUCUCCACAUGUUCACCACAACCAGUACACAGCUCUCUUUAUUGCCACGGAUAACGGCAGUCCACCCGCCACUGGCACAGGUACGCUGAUAAUAACGCUGGAGGACGAGAAUGACAACGCGCCCUACAUCUUCCCUUCUGUGGUCCGCGUGUGCGAGGACGCUAAAGACAUGAACGUGGUGGUGAUCGGGGGACGAGACAAGGACAUUUAUCCCAAUACGGACCCUUUCAAGAUCGAGCUAGGCAAACAGCCAGGCCUGGAGAAAACAUGGAAGAUAUCCAGGAUCAAUGGUACCCACUCGCAGAUCAUGUUGCUGCACAGUCUUAAAAAGGCCAACUACAACCUGCCUCUGGUUCUGACCGACUCUGGCAUCCCUCCCAUAUCCAACAACACGGAUCUCAAAGUUCAAGUGUGCACCUGUAAGAAAAACAGAAUGGACUGCAGCGGCGCCGGCUCGGUCCAAACAAACCUUUUGCUGCUGCUCGGCCUGGUUCUGCUCUCCGUCCUCUGCUUGUAAGUUCUGCUGAUUCUUACUGUAGUCCUUUUGCAACUCUGAAGAAACCAUUCUUCUCUUCUCCACACACAGACCAGGCUGAGGAGGGAGAAGACCUCUCCUAAAAGACACCUUGCACCCUUGACUUCUCAUGUCAGCUGUCCCCUGGCCUUUGUUUCUCUGUUCCCAACCGCUCCCUCCACCCUUUCACCGGGAUCACUUCAUCUGUCUCUUCCUCCCCACCCUCCCUGCACUUCCUGUCCUCUCACACAGUACCUCUGAAAAACAUCAUGGAUGCGACCACCCGAUGAACUCUCUCACUGGAACAAGGAUGUAUUGGAUGGGGCCAAAGCGAUUGGACAUUUUGAUGUACUUUAGUUUCCUCUGGUUAAAGACUACUGUAUUUGAUCUUGUCUACUAAUGUAAGGGAAGGACACAAGGCCUCUUUAGUCUGCAGUGGUUGUGUUUUCUUAGGGCAGGGUGGUAGCCAGAAGCCUUCAAAGUCUAAAAAAAUGUCUUGCGUCCUUAUUUUGUUUUCGGUUUGAUUAGUUGUUAUGGAGUGGAACACAAUAUAUCUUUAUAGUAAUGUGUGAAAUAGUGGGAGGGAAAUGUACACUAUAUAUAUUUUAUUUUUUACCAAUGUACAAAUCUAUUAAUUAAAUUAUGUACUGCUUUUUCUUUAAAGACCCCUCACAAAAAAGAAAAUAACUGUAUGUUUUUUGCAAAUUUAGGGACUAUUUCUAAUGCCAUUGAUGUUUUUCCUUUAUUUACGCUCCGGUUUUGGAAUCUGGAGACCGAGUUGCAGACAAAAGUGUUUCGUGAUCCUUGUUUUCGACGGUACGCAUUUUGUUUUUCUCCUUCCUCUUGGGUCAGUCGAAGUGGCCAAGGACAGCAUUUGAUUUGGUGGUUUCUUUUUUCUUCUUUUUUUGCGCUUGUGAGAAGAAAAUAAAAAGAGAGAACGAAAAAGAAAAAUACAGAUAAAAAAACAAAAUGUGUGUGUGGGUUUGCGUGAAAGACCCCAUAAGUUCUGAAAAUGGAAAGAAAAAAGAUGAUGUGGUGAAUGAGUAUGUCUUUUGCACUAAUUUAAUAAAGCUGUUACUGUA